GGAGCGAGCGAGCCGCCGGGAGCUGCGCGGACCCAGCUGAGCCCAGCUCGCAGGACGCCAGACCUCGACCGUCGCUCCUACUCCAGCCACCGCUAGCAAGAGCCCAGGCGGACGGGGGGGAGGUCCCGAUCUUUCCCCCUGUCCCCACCCUCCCCUCCUCGCUCCACCUCCGGAGUCGUGACAGGCUGGUAAAUACUCCGCUGUCUCUCCUUGAAACCUUCAGCAGCCGUGGGUGUGAAGGAGGCUCCUCUCUCCUCCAAGUUCCUGGCAGCCCCUUGGUCAUGAACACCCUCAGGUGGCCGACAUCCGUCCUCUUCUGUCUCUUUCUACUGGUCAAGGGGUUAGGAGCAGCACCCCCCGGGCGCCCCGGGGCGCAGCCUCCUCCCCUCAGCUCUGAGCAUGAAGAGCCGCUAGCUGGGGAUGCAGUGCCCAGGCCAAAGGUGGACAGCGUCCCAGAGAUCCGAGCUGCUCGGAAUUCCGAGCCGCAGGACCAGGGAGAGCUGUUCCAGGGCGUGGAUCCCCGGGCGCUGGCCGCGGUGCUGUUGCAGGCAUUGGACCACCCGGCCUCGCCUUCCGCGCCCGCAGGCUCCCAGCAGGGGCCGGCGGAAGAAACCGCCGAAGCUCUGUUGACCGAGUCCGUCCGCAGCCAGACCCACAGCCUCCCGGCGCCUGAGAUCCCAGCGCCCGCGGCUCCGCCUCGACCUCAGACUCAGGAGACCGGUCCCGAGCCCGAGGACCGCUCGGAGGAGCUCGAGGCAUUGGCAUCCCUCCUCCAAGAACUUCGAGAUUUCAGCCCGAGCAGCGCCAAGCGCCAGCAAGAGACGGCGGCGGCAGAGACGGAAACCCGCACACACACGCUGACCCGAGUCAAUCUGGAGAGCCCCGGGCCCGAGCGCGUGUGGCGCGCAUCCUGGGGAGAGUUCCAGGCACGAGUCCCGGAGCGCGCGCCUCUGCCUCCGGGGGCCCCUUCGCAAUUCCAAGCGCGCCUGCCCGAGAGCGCACCCCUUCCCGAAACCCAUCAGUUCGGGGAUGGAGUGUCUUCCCCUAAGACACACUUGGGCGAGACUUUGGCACCCUUAUCCAAGGCGUACCAAGCCCUGAGUGUCCCUUUCCCUAAGGGGCGCCGGCCGGAGAGCUCACUUCUGGGCGGCUCCGAGGCGGGGGAACGCCUACUACAGCAAGGGCUGGCGCAGGUCGAGGCUGGGCGGCGGCAGGCCGAGGCUACCCGGCAGGCCGCGGCGCAAGAGGAGAGGUUGGCCGAUCUCGCCUCGGACCUGCUGCUCCAGUAUUUGCUGCAGGGCGGAGCCCGGCAACGCAGCCUGGGGGGUCGGGGGCUGCCGGAGACGCAGCAGGAGCGAGAGGGCGAGAGGGAGGAGGUGGAGGCGGAGCAGGAGAGACGCGGAGGAGAGGAGAGGGUGGGGGACGAGGAUGAGGAGGCGGCGGAGGCGGAGGCAGAGGCGGAGGAGGCGGAGAGGGCGCGGCAGAACGCGCUGCUGUUUGCCGAGGAGGAGGAGGAGGACGGAGAAGCCGGAGCCGAGGACAAGCGCUCCCAGGAGGAGACGCCAGGCCAUCGGCGGAAGGAUGCCGAAGGGGCCGAGGAGGGCGGGGAGGAGGAGGAGGAGGACAACGAUGACGACGACGAUGAAGAGAUGGACCCGCAGACCAUCGAUAGCCUCAUCGAACUGUCCACCAAACUCCACCUGCCAGCCGACGAUGUGGUCAGCAUCAUCGAAGAGGUGGAGGAGAAACGGAAACGGAAGAAGAACGCCCCUCCCGAGCCGGUGCCACCUCCCCGGGCCGCCCCCGUCCCCACCCACGUCCGCUCCCCGCAGCCCCCACCUCCCGCCCCGGCUCCAGCUCGAGAGGAGCUGCCGGACUGGAACGAAGUGCUCCCGCCCUGGGAUCGGGAGGAGAACGAGGUGUUUCCCCCGGGGCCCUAUCACCCUUUCCCCAACUACAUCCGGCCGCGGACGCUGCAGCCGCCGGCCUCCUCCCGCCGCCGCCACUUCCACCACGCCCUGCCGCCUUCGCGCCACUCUCCGGACCUGGAGGCCCAGGCGCGGCGCGCGCAGGAGGAGGCGGAGGCCGAGGAGCGCCGGCUGCAGGAGCAGGAGGAGCUGGAGAAUUACAUCGAGCACGUGCUGCUCCGGCGCCCGUGACCCGCCCCCCGCGCGCCCCCCUCCGUGUCGCUCCUCCCCCUCGGUGUUUGCAUGCGCCCUGGCUCCGCCCCCUCGGCUGCCGCCCCGCCCUCCCCAACCCCGGGCCGUGGCCGGGACCUGCCAGACUUCUUCCCGGUCCAAAGCCCGAACACCCCCCCCCCCAAAAAAAAAACUCACUCAGUGGGCGACUCGGGGCUGGCCCAGGCGGGCGGGUGGUUUGUACGAGUUCCCUUCCUCUCCCCCACUCGAGGGGACCCCCCCGCCUUCCCUCAUCCCCAGCUGGUUUCUUUCGGGAUGUCCCCGUCCGAAACGGGAUUGUGGGAGGCAGGGGGCUUGCGGGGAAGAAAGCAGUUGUAAGUAAAUUGCGUGCAAGUGUGUCUGUCGUCCGACCUUGGGGCCUCCCCGGAGCCUCUUUUCCCUUUCCCCAAAGCGCUGUGAACUCAACCCCUUCUUCCCCUCUCUCUCUCUGUUGUAAAUAACCCUCACGGAGGAAAUAGUUUUGCUAAGAAAUAAAAGUGACUAUUUUAUUAGGA